UAUUGGUUAGCUCUCCUACCCCAACCGCACGCCAUUAAGGCCGGUCAUCCACUUCAGUAUGUAUGGGUAUGACAGAGAGGGCUAAGAAUUUUCCAAAUGCAAAGAAUUCUUAAUUCUGAUUUCAUCUCGUCAACCAACUCAACUCUGAAAUCUCCGCCAAACACUUUGAGAAUAUAAAAUUAGGACAUGGGUCUAGAAGGAUCUGAGCUUUCCCGUGUUUGAUUUUUGUUUUGACCACCUCCUCUUCUUCUUUUGGAGAUUCAAAUAUCUUGUGUAGAGAGCGAAGGGUUAUUGUGAUUUUCCAUUGGGGAAGUGGGUUUUCUUUUUCUGAUCUGUUCUAUUCUCCGAAUAUGAAGGUCACUGUUGUUUCACGGAGCGGUAGAGAGAUUAUUAAGGGUGGGCUUGAGCUACAUGAUUCGGCUAAAGUUACUGAUCUACAAAAUGCUAUUCACCGUCGAACCAAAAAGUACUAUCCUUCAAGACAGCGUCUCACCCUGCCUGUACAGCCUGGAACAAAGGAGAAACCUGUUGUCCUCGACUCUAGGAAAAGUGUGCAAGAUUAUUGUGAUCGAAAUGCGGACAAAUUGACUGUGGUAUUCAAGGACCUGGGCCCGCAGGUUUCCUACAGGACCCUUUUUAUCUGUGAGUACUUCGGGCCUCUGGUCAUUUUUCCCAUUUUCUACUUCCUCCCUGUGUACAAGUACUUCGGCUACAAAGGAGAACGUGUUAUCCAACCUGUCCAGACUUAUGCAAUGUACUACUGGUGUUUUCACUACUUUAAACGUAUCAUGGAGACAAUCUUCAUUCAUCGGUUCAGCCAUGCAACUUCACCCCUCUCCAAUGUGUUCCGCAACUGUACUUACUACUGGACAUUUGGCGCGUACAUAGCUUACUAUGUGAACCACCCAUUUUAUACCCCUGUAAGUGACCUCCAGAUGAAGAUUGGGUUUGGGAUUGGGGUGAUCUGUCAAGUUGCAAACUUCUAUUGUCACAUCUUGUUAAAGAACCUGCGGAGCCCUGAUGGGAGUGGAGGGUACCAGAUCCCAAGAGGCUUUCUGUUUAAUAUAGUAACCUGUGCAAACUACACCACAGAGAUCUAUCAAUGGCUAGGCUUCAAUAUAGCAACGCAGACAGUUGCAGGCUAUUUGUUCCUUCUUGUGGCUGCUUCUAUCAUGACUGACUGGGCCCUUGGAAAGCACCGCCGUUUGAAGAAGUUAUUUGAUGGAAAGGAAGGAAGGCCGAAGUAUCCGCGCCGUUGGGUAAUAUUGCCUCCAUUCCUGUGAAAUACAGUCGAAGAACCUGCUAAUAGACAGCAAGAUUUAAAGCUUUGCUGAAGGUUAAAUCUCGAUGCAGGAAUUCUUGAGACUAUGUUUCACCUUCCUUCGGACUUCUGUGCCACUUUUCUGCAGUUUAGAUUCAGUAAAAGGAAUCUGCCAAACUUUAUUUUUAUUUUUUCCAUGCAAGAUGGGUAACCUAUUGCUUUACAUUAGAAGGAAAUGGGUAGUAGAAGAGAAUCCCGAAGAACUCUGCUCUUAGUCUAGACUACUUCAGUUCUCAGUGGGUUUCCUUGUUCAUCUGUAGUUUUUUGUUGAUCCAUUAAAGUCAUCUGUUGCUGUUUUUAUUUUGGUUUCUUGUUUAAAUAUUUUUUAUCUAUUAAAUUGGGAGAACUUGAAUUUUGAGCCA